UGUGUCCAUCCCGAAGCUUUCUUUUGCCCUUCCCUCGCGUCAAUCGCGACCAGGUCCCAGUUGCAUUUGUCUGGCUUCUUGUUUUUUUGAUCUCUCAAAACAUCAAGGAAGAACCACAUCACACUCGUUUGUAGAAGAUCGUUCUAUUUGUUUUCUUUUUUUGGUGGCCGUUUUGUCUUGAUUCUCUUUUUGCCCCCCAUUUUUUUUUUUAAUCCAUCCCACAGUUUUGCCUUCCCUGUGUGAAUUUGGCGUAACAUCCUGGGUAUCCAUCAUCAGUUUUGGAACAGCGGUUGCAUUAGCACAGCCGGAAUUCAUCAAACUCUCCCCAGCAUUGACUCGGUCUUCCUGGACAAAGUGAAUCGCACGAACAAUUUGAGCACCGACGAGGAGUAAUAGCAAAUACCUUAGCUACACCAGUCCGAUCCAUCUGGGGAAUAAUAGCAAGAAGCAACAAAACCCACCUGCAGUCAAUCAUUUUUAUACCGGGACGCGACAUUGCGGUAUUCGACGGCUCCCACACACUGCUGCCCCCUUUUGAUCGAGGCCCUCGACCGAUCUCCACCUUGCUUACCCUCGGGUCCGUUUAAGCGACCCCCGUGCAAGCAAGCACCGCGCCGCCGUCGAAAGACAGUCGUCUCACUUUGGCUCAGUUGAUCGAUCACCUGGUCAGGCUACCGACCUACGCACAGAGACAAGCGCAAAAUCGCACGGCUAGCUGGUUAAUUGACUUUUUCUUGCCCGCUCACGCCCGACGCACGCCGACGAAAUCUACGUUUGACAGCCGCCUUGACGUGCCGAAACACAACCAUAUUAAGCAGGGCGAAGAGACUAAGGGUUGUCCGGCGGACGCAACUGGGGAGACGACCAAGGCCUCGAUAAUCACGACGUUGUUGGACAACAAAUUCUGACGACAAAGUUGCGAUUACCUACAAACUCGAUUCGCUGUCGGUAUCCUCUGUCGGACCGUAAAAAUCCUCGGCUCGCUGUACGAUCUGUCUGGUGGACUGGAGGUGCCGUAUUACGAAAGCUAUAGUGUGCUGUAGCUAGAGCACAUCCACAGCAUUCGUCAUGGAAACAUUCGUCCCAUUUUCUACCCUUCCCGCCUGCGCAGGGCAAUGCGGUGCUCUAUUCGAUUCCAACGGAGCCUGCGCACCCUCCGGAGUGACAUCGGCGCCUUCGGCCAUCGCCUCGUGCUUCUGCUCCAACUCGAAAGUCACACCAUUUAGCACCGGCACGGCCGGUGUAUGCGAUAACGCCUGCACCGCGACCCCAGGCGACUUUGGCAGCAUCCGGAACUGGUUCACCUCGUUCUGCGCGAACCCGGCCACCGUCACCAGCCUUGGCCAGAUCGGGUCCAGUAGUUCAACCUCAACGGCCAUACCGGCGCAGACCGACAAUGGGGAUUGGCUGUCGAGUCAUUGGCAAUGGGUUGUCUUUAUCGUAGUUGUCGUCGUCGGAAUAUCAUGCAUCUGGAUUGGCGCCUGCGUAUGGCGUCGCCGUUACCUACGCAAGAGGGAUCGACAAUACGCGCUUGGCAAGCGUCUAGGCGCAGCCGGCGUUGGCGCCAACGCCACCCAGCAGGGCACCACCGGCUCUACAAACGGCAACAUGUCGUCACGGUCCGUCCAUGUCCCCUCUGCCGGCAUGUUCGACGCCGCACCAAUAUCCUCGGCCGCACACUACGGUCCCGAAACGGAGAAGGAGAAGCAAGCGAGGAUGAAGAAGAAGUGGAACCCAACCUCGAGGACAUGAUUGUCUUGUCAUGCAUUUUCCCCCUUCCUCGUUUUGCGAGGCCUGCUGUUUAAUGAUCUUGAAGUUCUAAAUCCGGAGUCGAUGGAGUUUUUCUGGUGAAUUCAUCCAUGUUCCCAUUUUCAGGUGUCUGGUUCUGUCUUGUGGAAAUCUCCCUUGUUAGAUUCACUUUUUUUUCAUCGACUAACAUACCCCCUUUGUUUACACUCUUCACAUUUUCUCCAUUUGGCAUUUUGGCGCUGCGAGGGUCGGCGUUGUCUUUCUCUCUUUUUUUUUUCCUUUUCAGGCUUCUCAUAAUUGGUACUACUAAGGAAAUCGAGGGACGUUUGCUCAUAGCUCUUCUUUUUUGUUUUGUUUUUGUUUUUGCGUCAUCUUGCAAAAGGCGGGGGAAAACUCCUCUCUACAGUCCCACUUGUUUAUAGCCUUUUUGUUCCCUGACAUUUACGCAAGCCCGCAAAAAAUAAAAUAAAAAAAGAUCCGAAGCGAACCGGAGAAAAGGAUGAUAGAUAGAAUGCAUCGAGAGUUACGCCACUUGAUAGUGUGGCUCCCUAAUCUGGGGCGCCCGGCUUUGUCAACACAAAAUUUUUGCCGAUCAAUAUAUUUGUGGAGCUAUUACACUCUUUGUCAUAAGCCUGGACUUGCAUUAUUCAGUCUGGUCUCUCACAAUUCUGGCGAAUCUGGUAUACCAAGGCAGAUAUCACAUUCGUG